AUGAAGAUAAAGUGUGGACUGAUUGGUCUGCUCACAGAAACUCUCAAUGAAGCCGAGUAUGGCAAGCUCGAUACUCCAGAAACUAUAUAUAAAGCUACAGAUGUAUCAGACACCUAUUGGACAUAUGGUCAGGCCUCAGAUUUAGAGCAAAUGGCGAAUUCUAGAUUACUAGAUGAUGAGAUGUAUUGUCAGGAACUCAACGCCAUACCGCUAUCUUACUUCCUUGAUGGAUCUAAAAUAGCUAUAUCCGCUUUUACCUUUACUGUUAAAGCGUCAAGUCUUAGUCGAACACAUAUUCCUCUCAACCAUGCCUGGUCUAUAACGGUCCACAAGAGCCAAGGAAUGUCGGUAGAUGCAAGCCGUGUAGUAAUGGAUAAGAUAUUUGCAGCGGGCCAAUCAUAUGUUGCGCUGUCGAAGGUCGGGGCAUUCUAUAAUAGUAUGAGAAGACUAGGAAUGCCAGAUGGGACGUCUUGGAAUAGGAAGGCCGACCAAGCGGUUGCCGGAUUUGGACUACCAUCUGAACGUAACGAAGCACCACAGAUGACACCAGUAAAUUUUGGUCGUAACGAAGCACCAACAAUAACACUCGCAACAGUAGCCCCACCACUGACAAAGGAGAGCAGUGAUGCUCAAUAUGGACUUGAUGACGACGACGAUGGACUUUGGGCUUCUGCAUCACAAAUGGUGGAUGAAUCAUCGCAACCGUCUAAACUUGGAACGUGA